AUGUCUGAUCAAGACACUCACCCAAAUAAGUACAGUGAAUUGCGAAGUAUGUGUAAAGACUACAUCGAUUCAUAUAAUGCAUUGUAUCAGCUGAAAACUGAAAAUGAAGAAGAAAUAAACAAGAUUUACAAAAAGAUCAAAACAGAAUUGAUUGAUCCAAAGAAAUGUCUUCCUCAUACUAUUAUAAAAGACAUUUUAUGUAUCAUUCCGUUUAAUAAUCGCUAUACAAAGGCUUAUUUAUCUCUCGCCAAACUCAUAUAUGAUGAUUAUCAAAUAAAAAAGGAAAUCGAUGUUCCAUUAACUAUUGCAUACCUAUUUUACAAAGAAUAUGGAAUUAAAUUAACCAAACCGAACAAUUUGGAAACAUUUAAUUUUGAGAGCCUCAAUAUCCAUUUAGAAGAUACAAUUUACCGAGCAAUUAUGUAUAAUGACUUAGAAAGAUUCAUCUUCUUCACUGAAAGAGAAGGAUUUGAUAAAGAUCAAAAACUUGAAUGCGAUUUAUAUCCAUAUACUAUAUGCGGAUAUUCAUUACUUGAAUUAUGUUGUUACCAUGGAUCAGUUGAUUGUUUCAAGUUAUUAAGAACAAAAUUCAGCUCAGAAAUAACUCAAAAAUGUCUAAAAUUUUCAUUUUUAGGAAGAAACAAAGAGAUCAUGAGUGAAUGUUUGAAAUAUCAAACACCAAAUGAAGAAUGCAUGAAAUAUGCAAUUAUUUCACACAAUAUUGAUUUUGUUACAUUCUUGAUGAAUGAAUACAAUAUAGAGAUCCAUUUAGAAUAUUGUAUAAAUUAUAAUAAUCUUGAAUCAUUUUCAGUUUAUUAUGAUCAAACCGAUGAUGUUAACAAAUGCUUUUUUUAUUCCGCAAGGUUCAAUAUUCCAUCAUUAGUCGAUUACUUCCUUUCACAUGGCGCGAAUAUCAAUGAAAAAGAUGAAAAAGGAUUCACUGUUCUUCAUACUGCAGCAAUUAUAAAUUGUAAAGAAUUAUUCGAAUUUCUUAUUUCACAUGGUGCAAAUAUCAAUGAAAAAGGUAAUGAUGGAAAACCCCCCUUCAUCUUGCAGCAUUGA